AUGAGCCUGCUGGACGAGGUGUUCCAGCAGGCCGUGCAGGCUUCCACCACAGACUCCCUCGCACUCGAGACAGCAUGCAAACAACUGAAUCUCUUGGCCCCGGGGCUGUCCAGGGUGUCUGCAGGUGCGGUGGACAAGUUUGCGCAGCGUGUCGGCAAGGGAGUCGGUACUCCAGCAUCUAAAACGAAGGGAACCGGCUCGAGGGCGGCCCACUUCCGCGCCGCGGCCCUGCUCGCCGCCGAGUGCGGCGCCCCCGCCUUCUCCGCAGGCCUGGCGGACUGGGUGGCGGCGGCCCACGCGGCCAUCCGCGCCGCGCCCUGGGACGAAGACGUCGCACCCGCCUGGCGCUUGGCGGCCACCAUUGCAGCGCGCGUGGAGCGGUCCCAGGACUCCACCCUGGGCCUGGCUCGCGCCGCCGCGCCGCUGCUCUCGCGCCUGGCCCCGCUGGCGGCACGCUGCCUGGCCGAGAAUGGCGGCCACCCGGCCACGCUCUGCGCGCUGCGCGCGCUGGCCGCCGUCCAGCGCGCGCUGCCGCAGUCGCUGCGCCAGCAGGCCGGCGACCUGCGCGCCGCCCUGGGCGCGGCCCUGACCGAUGCCGCGCUCCCCCGCCCCGUCUGGCUGGCGGUGGCGCGCUGCUGGGCCCUGCUCCCGGCCUCCCCCGGCGCCGCGGCGGACUGGGCCGCGGCCAUGCAGACCCUGCUGGCCUCUGCGCACGACCUCCUGGGCGUCCUGUAUGCUGGGCUGGAGGCAGAGGCUGCCGUCAAGGAAGCCAGGUCGCUGUGCGACCCCUCGGCCGCCACGCUGCCCGGCCUCCCCGGCGGCGUGCUGUCCCUGCCCGCCUUUGGCGCGGCGUGCGACGUGUUCGUGCGUCUGCUCGUCACCGCCGGCUUCCUCCUGCGUUCCUCCUUUCCCGUGGCCGUGCCGCUGCCGCUGCGCGCGCUGCUGGCUCUGGCCCGCCGCACGCUGGCGCUGGACGACGCGCUCCUGAUCAGCCGCCCGGGCGUCCCGCUGACCAAGGCCGCCGCGCUGUGCCGCGGCCUGGCGCCCAUGCACGCCGGCGCGCUGGGCUUGGUGCGCGAGGCUUUCUACGGCGCGGCCCGGGCCUUGGCCAGCGUGGGCGGGGUCGCGCUGGCCGCCGACUUCGGCCCCAGCCUGUUGGCGGCCGUGGCAGCCGAUGCGUAUGGCGCCGCCGGGCAUGCCGGGCCGGUGACGGGCGGCGCGACUGCAACCCGCGCGGCGCCCGCAACCGUGGCUGACGCCGCCGGGUCGCGCUCGCUGCACCAGCGGGUGGACCUGUGCGCGGCGGCGCUGGACGCGCUGGGCUCGCUGCUCGCCGGCUGCGGGCAUGCCCUGGCGUCGGACCAGCGGGACCGGGGCGCCACGCUGCGCGCGCUGCGCGCCAGCGUGCUGAGCCCCCGCCUGCACCGCCCCCCCUUCCUCCCCGCGGCGCUGGACGCGCUGCGCCGCUGCCUGGCCGCUGGCGGGCAGGACCCGGGGCUGAGGGCCCUGGCCCGGGACGCCCUGCUAGCGGGGGCGACCGAGGGCGGUUCGGGAGGUGCGCCGAUGGAGCUGGCGCACCCCGACGGCAGCAGCGAGUUCGGAGACGGCCAGGGGCUCGAGGGCCCUGCAGCGGGGGCACACGCGCUGGCGCGGCAGGCGCAGCAGGUCCUGGGAGGGCCGGGGGACUUUGCGGUGACCGUCGCUGCCCGGGAGGUGCGUGAGGCCGAGAAGCGAGGGCCGCCCGAGGAGAGUGGCGCGGCGGAGGAGGUGGCCGCCAAGCGCCCAGCCACGGCGGGAACGACUGGUCCGGCGGCCUCGGCGCCGCAGCGAGCAGCAGAGCCCGCGCCGCGCGGGCUGUCUGCUCCCAAGACCCUCCCCCUGGAGCCUGCCAGCGACAGUGACGACGGCUCCCUGCCGGACAUCGACUCUGGGAGCAGCGACGAGGGUGCCUGA